UUUUUUUUUUUUUUUAUCACAAAUGCAUAUUUUAUUGAUUUUUUUGGGAAUCUUGGCAUAUGCCUUUGCUUUUCCAACCUUUCUCAAAAACUCGAAUAAAGAGCCACCUUCUCCCGUACCCGUUGAUCUUUUUGUUAUGAGCAAGUGUCCCGAUGCAGUCUAUUGUGAAUCUGUGUUUUCAACAGUUUUAAAGAAGGUCAACGUCCCCGUAACAUUCGAUGUCAACUACAUUGCUCAAUACGCUAGUUCUGCUCCUUUUGCUCAUAUAUGUAAACAUGGUAGUUCAGAAUGUUUAGGAAACAUACAACAAUUAUGUUUCCAUAAAGAAUAUCCUGAUCCAAAGGAUUGGUUUUCUUUUAAUCUUUGUAUGAACAAAAACUAUCAGUUGAUUGGUUUAGACGAUGACUUGGCCAAGAACUGUGCUCAAGAUCUAAACAAGUCAUAUGCACCUGUCGAACAUUGCUCACAUAGUGCAACGGGUGUUGGUUUACUCACAGAAAGUGCGCAGAAAACAAAAUCAUUAGGUGUUAGCUCGAGCUGUACAGUCUUCAUUGACAACAAAUUACGAUGUAUUCAUGAUGGGGAGUGGAAGAAUUGUACUGAUGGACAUGAAGUUGAUGAUUUUAUUCAAACAAUUGAAGAUGCAUAUCAUAAACAAAACAAAUACUAAAUAAAGAUGUAUCUUAUUGAU